UAUUUCAUGGCCUACUCGGCCCAUUCGUCAAAUCUUGAAGCAGGUUAAUCAAAUCCGAUUCCUGCCCGAAACUCGUGAAUAGGAAAGUGAAAAUAACACAAAAAUCUGCGGGAUCCAGCAGGAAACCAUCAUCAAAAUCGGGACUUUCCCAGCAAAAUUAUUUCGGGUUUAUCUCAAUUGUAUAAACACUGCCACAGCUUUCCACUCAGGUCAGUCAAGCAAUUUUCUCACAGGUUUAGGGUUCAAUUGUUUUUCUUUUUUAUUUCUGGGUUUUAUUUUUUUUCCUGGCUGUUUUCUUGAAUGUCGUUGCCAAAGGAACUAUACCCAUCUCAAGAUGACCUUCUUUACGAAGAAGAACUGUUAAGAAACCCCUUUAGUUUGAAACUAUGGUGGAGGUAUCUAAUAGCUAGAUCAGAUGCCCCUUUCAAGAAAAGGUUUUUAAUUUAUGAAAGAGCCCUGAAAGCUUUGCCUGGUAGUUACAAACUUUGGCAUGCUUAUUUACGCGAACGUCUCGAAAUUGUUCGGAAUUUACCCGUUACUCACCCUCAAUAUGAAACCCUUAAUAAUACUUUUGAGAGGGCGCUUGUUACAAUGCAUAAGAUGCCUAGGAUUUGGAUAAUGUACUUGUUGACGUUAACGGAGCAGAAGUUGAUUGGUAAGACGCGUAGGACAUUUGAUAGGGCGCUUUGUGCAUUACCAGUGACUCAACAUGAUAGGAUUUGGGAGCCUUAUUUGGUUUUUGUGAGUCAAAAGGGUAUCCCUAUUGAGACGUCGCUUAGGGUUUAUAGGAGGUAUUUGAAGUAUGAUCCUAGUCAUAUUGAGGAUUUUAUUGAGUUUUUGGUGAAUUCAAGUCUGUGGCAAGAAGCAGCAGAGAGGUUAGCAUCUGUUUUGAAUGAUGAUCAGUUUUAUUCGAUAAAGGGUAAAACCAAGCAUAGGUUGUGGUUAGAGUUGUGUGACUUGUUGACAACACAUGCCACAGAGGUUUCGGGCCUCAAUGUGGAUGCAAUUAUCAGAGGCGGGAUUAGGAAGUUUACAGAUGAAGUUGGGAGACUGUGGACUUCGCUUGCUGAUUAUUACAUCAGAAGAAAUCUGUUUGAGAAGGCCAGGGAUAUUUUUGAGGAGGGAAUGACAACGGUGGUUACUGUGAGGGAUUUCAGUGUCAUAUUUGAUGCUUAUUCACAAUUUGAAGAGAGUAUGGUGGCUCUUAAGAUGGAGAACAUGGAUUUGAGCGAUGAGGAAGAAGAAGACGUUGAGGAGGAUGAAGAUGAAGACAUCCGUUUCGAUGUUAAUCUGUGCAAGUCAAAAUCCAAGUUUGAGAAGAAGAUAUUUAAGGGUUUUUGGUUACAUGAUGACAAGGAUGUUGAUUUGAGGUUGGCUCGGCUAGAGCAUUUGAUGAAUAGAAGGCCAGAACUAGCUAAUAGUGUCCUUUUACGCCAGAAUCCACAUAAUGUAGAGCAAUGGCACCGUAGGGUCAAGUUAUUUGAGGGUAACCCCACCAAGCAAAUAUUAACAUACACAGAGGCUGUUAGGACGAUUGACCCAAUGAAAGCUGUUGGAAAGCCGCAUACUCUGUGGGUGGCUUUUGCGAAGCUUUAUGAGACUUAUAAUGAUCUGGCAAAUGCUCGUGUCAUUUUUGAUAAAGCUGUCCAAGUAAAUUACAAGGCUGUUGAUCACUUGGCAAGCGUAUGGGCUGAGUGGGCAGAGAUGGAACUGAGGCACAAAAAUUUCAAAGGUGCACUGGAGCUGAUGAGACGUGCCACAGCUGAGCCUUCUGUUGAGGUCAAACGAAGAGUGGCUGCUGAUGGGAAUGAACCUGUUCAGAUGAAGCUCCAUAAAUCCUUGAGGCUCUGGACAUUCUAUGUAGACUUGGAAGAAAGUCUGGGUACUUUGGAGUCAACUCGAGCUGUCUAUGAGAGAAUACUGGAUUUAAGAAUUGCUACGCCACAAAUUAUUAUAAACUAUGCAUUUUUGUUAGAGGAGAACAAAUAUUUUGAAGAUGCUUUCAAAGUGUAUGAAAGAGGUGUCAAGAUAUUCAAGUAUCCGCAUGUGAAGGAUAUAUGGGUCACUUAUCUGUCAAAGUUUGUAAAGAGAUACGGGAAGACGAAACUGGAACGAGCAAGGGAGCUGUUUGAGCAUGCUGUUGAAACGGCACCUGCAGAUGCAGUAAAACCUCUGUAUCUUCAGUAUGCAAAGCUGGAGGAGGAUUAUGGGCUGGCUAAGCGAGCUAUGAAGGUCUAUGAUCAAGCAACUAAGGCUGUGCCAAAUCAUGAAAAACUUGGCAUGUAUGAGAUUUACAUUGCCCGUGCAGCUGAGAUCUUUGGUGUCCCAAAAACAAGAGAAAUUUAUGAGCAGGCAAUAGAGUCUGGUCUUCCAGAUAAAGAUGUGAAGACAAUGUGCUUGAAAUAUGCGGAGCUGGAAAAGAGCUUAGGAGAAAUUGAUCGUGCUCGUGGAAUAUAUGUAUUUGCAUCUCAGUUUGCUGAUCCACGCUCUGAUGCUGAUUUCUGGGAUAAAUGGCGAGAGUUUGAGGUGCAACAUGGAAAUGAAGAUACCUUCAGAGAAAUGUUGAGGAUUAAACGGAGUGUCUCUGCAAGUUAUAGCCAGACACACUUCAUUCUCCCAGAGUAUCUCAUGCAGAAGGAUCAGAACAUUGAUGAAGCUAAAGACAAAUUGAAACAGGCUGGUAUCUCUGAGGAUGAAAUGGCUGCACUUGAGAGGCAGUUAUUACCUGCUGCUAAUAAUGCUACUACAAAAGACAGCACCAGAAAAGUAGGGUUUGUGAGUGCUGGAGUUGAGUCACAGGCUGAUGGCGGGCUGAAAACAACAGCAAAUCUUGAAGAUAUCGAGUUGCCAGAAGAAAGUGACUCAGAAGAAGAAGUUGAAAUUGCGGAAAGAGUUGUUCCAUCUGCUGUGUUUGGGGGUCUUCGGAAGAGGGACAGUGAUGACGAUGAGGGUGGAGAUGAUGCCUCGGCUGCCAAAGAACAGAAUGGUAACAGCAGGCUGGGUGCACUUGAGCGAAUUAAAAGGCAGAAGAAAGCUUAAAAAUUCUCGAUAUUCGACCCCUAUUGAGUUGGCCAAAAAAUAGGAAAAAAAAAAUCCUACUGAAAUAGUUUUGACAAUUCUAUGAACCAUGUACCCAAUUAGCAAAAUUUCCGAGCUGUAUUCUUAGUAUUUGUAUAUUUUGAUCAAAUCUGUUAAGUUUUGGAGUUCUUUCUUCAACUUUAAUAUGAUCUAUUAUUGGACAAUCCAAGUGACUACUAGCUCCAGUGUUUAAUCUUAAUUUUCCCAUAUAAAAUAUCAUCAAAUGACAGAACAUAUAUGGAGUCUCUUCCUGUUGUU